AACCCUAAACCCUCAGAAUCACUUACCGAUUCCUCGAUUAUUGUAGCGAUACGCGUCGGUAAUGAAACCCGCAUCGAUCACACCCGGAACCUCUAUGUAAAGCCAGAAAAUCCAAACACAGUAGGAAAAGAAGUCAUGGCGUUUAGUGCCGCAACCAUGGGGGCGCCAUCGACUGCCGUUUCAGCAUCGGCGUCGAAUGUUAGGCAGGUGAAAUUGGACAGAGAGAGUGAGCUGAGGAUUGAGGUUCCUAACGACACAUCUCUCAGGCUCCGACUUCUCACUGGCACGGCUGAGAUCUUCGGCACCGAGCUCCCCCCGGAAAUAUGGCUUAACUUCCCUCCCAGGCUCAAAUUCGCCGUUUUUACUUGGUAUGGAGCCACAGUUGAAAUGGAUGGCACUACAGAACUUGAUUAUACUGCAGAUGAGACACCCAUGGUUAGUUAUGUAAAUGUUCAUGCCAUACUGGAAGGACGAAGAAACCGUGCAAAAGCAUCAUCAUCCAAUGACUCUCAGGGACCCAGGGUGAUUGUUGUGGGACCGACAGAUUCUGGCAAGAGUACCUUGUCAAGGAUGCUUCUUAGUUGGGCUGCUAAACAGGGCUGGAAACCUACUUUUGUGGAUUUGGAUAUUGGCCAAGGAUCAAUAACGAUUCCUGGAUGCAUUGCAGCCACCCCAAUUGAACUACCUAUUGAUCCAGUGGAAGGAGUUCCUCUUGAUAUGCCCCUUGUGUACUUCUUUGGGCACGCAACUCCUAGUAACAAUGUAGAGUUGUACAAAGUUCUUGUGAAGGAGCUUGCUAGAAUGCUGGAGAGACAGUUUUCUGGCAAUGCUGAAUCUCGUGCUGCAGGCAUGGUGAUCAAUACCAUGGGAUGGAUAGAAGGAAUAGGCUAUGAGUUGCUACUACAUGCGAUCGAUACAUUCAAUGCCAAUGUGGUCUUGGUCUUGGGCCAGGAAAAACUUUGGAGUAUGCUCAGAGAUGUCCUGAAGAACAAGCCUAAUGUAGAUGUUGUUAAACUUCAAAAGUCAGGCGGUGUUGUAUCCAGGAAUGCCAAAGUUCGCCAGAAGGCCAGGAGUUGUAGGAUAAAGGAAUAUUUUUAUGGCCUGGUGAAUGAUCUCUCCCCACAUUCUAAUAUUGCAAACUUCAGUGAUUUGGCCGUGUAUCGAAUUGGGGGUGGGCCACAGGCCCCGCGCUCAGCACUGCCAAUCGGGGCAGAGCCUGUUGCGGACCCGACCAGAUUAGUUCCUGUCAGUAUCAACCAGGACUUGCUCCAUGUAGUUCUUGCUGUUUCGUUUGCAAAAGAACCUGAUGAAAUAAUUUCAAGUAAUGUUGCUGGCUUUAUCUAUAUCACGGACGUGGACAUUCAAAGGAAGAAAAUCACAUACCUCGCACCGUCGGCUGGAGAACUCCCAAGCAAGUAUUUGUUAGUGGGAAGCCUGACAUGGCUUGAAACUUGACUAGAAACCUGACUGAUUUUCAAAUUUUGUUUUUGUGGAUGAAAGCUCGCAAAAUAUUCUUAGGUUAACCUGUGGCCAAGUGUUGAUUUUAUGCUACCUUUGCUUUUCUGAUCAAUCCAAAGGGAAGUUCAAUCGGAUACGAGCGCACGUGGCACACUAGCGACUUUCUUCUCUAUGUUUUGGUUUUCUCCUUACGGAAUACUUUGCUGUUUAAAACUAAAGAUAAAUUGGACAAUAGUUGUGGUCAGUAAAUUUAUUUUUCUCAAUUUUAUUAAGAAUUCUGUUACAUACAAUUACUUUUA